CCCCCCUGUUCCCUCACCUUCACAUUCCCCUUUCUCAUCUCGGUUUCAGCGAAAAUGCAAGGUGGAAUCUUUUAUGCUUCGAGGCGCUCUCUGCUCCUGAUUCCAUCCCCCUUUUAGUUGAUUUUUUUUACCCCUGUUAGCUACUUUUUCUCAGAGGAGAAACCCUAGCCUCGGAAGGUGAGCAUUCUUGUGCUUUGAUUUGAGGAUAGAACAAAGAAAUGGGGGGGUUUGUUUUGAGUGAAGUUCCAGCUUGGGUUGAGCUUUGCUAUGGUGGGAUAUGAACUCCUCCAAUUUUAUCAAGAUCUCUGUGCUGCUUGGCCAUUAAAUUGCAUUUCUCGGUGAAAUGUAUGUUGUAUGAGAAUUGUGCUGGUGGGUUUCUGAUGGGGGAGUUGAAAUCUUUAGGUGGAUUAAUUGAAUGGUUUUGGUGAGUAGGUAGAUCUCUUGAUAAACCCCCAAACUAAAACUGGGGAGCUGCUCUUCUGAAGAAAGGGAUAAUGUCUGGAGGAGCUCCAAGAGUGAGGUCGAUGAAUGUGGCUGAUUCUGAUCAGACCAGGCCGGUUUUCGGUCCAACUGGGAACAACAAGUCUGGAGCUUUGAAUGCUAGGAAACCCAAGCCAUUGCCACUGAGCAAGGUUGAGAAAUCACCUGAAGAGAAGAAACCGACAACUGCAAUGUACAACAGCAGCAGCCGUUCUCCCAAAUCACACUCUCUUAGUGCAGCUUCUUUGCUCCGUCGACACGAGCAGUUGUUGCAUUCCAAUCUGUCUAUGAAUGCUUCUUGCUCGUCCGAUGCAUCGACCGAUUCGUUCCACAGCCGGGCUUCUACUGGGCGGUUGGUGCGGUCGUACAGUGCACGGAGUAGAAGGAAGGCAGUUUCAAAGCCGAGGAGUGUUGCUUCUGAUAGUGGGCUUGAAUCUCCAACCUCUCCUGGUGGAUCACAGUUCAACAAGAAGACUUGUGCUUGGGUGACACCCAAUACAGAUCCAUGCUAUGCAGCUUUCCACGACGAAGAAUGGGGAGUUCCUGUACACGACGAUAAAAAAUUGUUCGAGCUUCUUGUCCUUUCAGGGGCCUUAGCUGAACUUACAUGGCCUACCAUUUUAAGCAAGAGGCACAUCUUCAGGGAAGUCUUUGCAGAUUUUGAUCCGAUCUCUGUCUCAAAGUUAAACGAGAAGAAGCUCAUGGCCACAGGAAGCAAAGCCACUUCCCUGCUCUCGGAACCCAAGCUACGUGCGGUCAUUGAGAAUGCUCGCCAAAUCUCCAAGGUGAUAGAAGAGUUUGGUUCAUUCAACAAAUACAUAUGGAGCUUUGUGAACGACAAGCCUAUAGUCAAUCGAUUCCGGUACCCAAGGCAGAUCCCCGUAAAGUCCCCCAAAGCAGAUGCCAUAAGCAAGGACCUGGUGCGGCGAGGAUUCCGCAGCGUGGGGCCCACCAUCGUGUACUCUUUCAUGCAGUCAGCAGGGAUCACAAACGAUCACCUCAUCGGCUGCUUCAGGUUCCAGGAAUGUGUAAAUGUGGCAGAAGGGAAGGAAGAGAAUGGCACCAUCAAGGCAGCAGCAGAGGAAUGCGAGCAAGAACAAGAUGGUCGUGGGAAGACGAACGGCGAAAUCAUAGGAUCAGAGAUCUCCAUAACCAUUGACGACUUGAGCUUGGAGGCAUAGCAGCUGAUUCAGUACUGAGCUAGUACGCAACUUGAUGGGCCCACUCUUUUUCUGUCUGUAUAAAAAGAAAGGAAAAAUUCAUGAAUUGCUGCUCUGCUGCUGCAAUCAUGGUAGGAAAGAAUCUUGUUCCAUUCUCCCACUCUAGAUCUGUAGAUUAAAAAAAAAAAUUCACUGUUCUUUAACCAGAACCAGAUGAUGGUGAAGGGCUUGUGGCUGUUGGUGGAGGUGGGUUUGCCCGCCCUGCUCCGCACUUGGAAUGUAUGAUUUUUUGUAUAGUUUGGCAAGUUCCUAGUUUAUAUUCAAA